AUGACGGGGUUACCUGUUGGGUAUACCCUCCAGAUUGUGUGUUCAAUACCAAGGACCCGCAGAACGAAGACGACUGGUCCGUUUCGGCGCGGUUGCAGCGACUGUGAGCUCGGCCCGCCCUUUGUUUGCGAACGCUGAGCCUAACUUUGAAAAGCUAUGCUUGGGGGUUGCGUCUGGGGCGUUGAAGUCAGAAUGAUUUUGAGCAGUAUGAUAUUCGACAGACGGUUAAUGGGGGCUGCCUUCACGUGUCAGCUGCGAAACCGUCUGGGGCGAAGGUUCAGACUGACCUAGGCUACUAGUGCGACGGCGCUCGGCUUUGUUACAGGUCGGAAGUAUGUUGCUUGUACACACGGUGAGUCAAUACCCAGGACUUUAUCUCUUACUACCUCAUGCACGCGACUAAGGUCGACUAAAUCUUGGUGUGGCGUGUACAGGCUGCGGCCACCCACUGCACCUCUUGCUCCUCCAAGUCGCCCACGCCUACUUCAAGCUGUCAGUCGCGUUACUCGACUUCGAUCCACUGUAAAAAGCAGAGCUCAAAUCGUAUCCUGCCCUUCAGCCAUGGUGACUACCUCAAGCCCAACGAACCCAACUAGCCUGGUCUCGGCCUCAGACUCGACAUGCGCUUCCGUACCAAAGCUCGAGACGAUGCGCUGUCUAAUCCCUCGAUCUUUAGCAAGCAGGUGAGGGGCUGGGAGGUCCAGAUCUCUUGGAUCAGUGGUGGAGACCGAAUUAUGAACAGUUCACGUUGAGUGAUUGGACCUGGGCGAGUUGGGACGGACUUGAUGCGUUUCAGAGAGCUGACUCCUGUUCUGAUGAUCUUUCGAAUUCUGAAUCGCAGUCCCCUUACAUUCGGAAGUCCUCUCAGCUCAACGACAGCUUUUGUCAUGUCCUGACCCUUUUUAUCCUUCCAGUCACAUCGCGCAACUUCCCAAAGAGGUCAAGAGCAUAUACCUCGUCCAAAUGCCCGAGCACAGCCAGUCUUCACGGCUUUGAACCUUGAACUGCCCAAGUACUGAAUGACAAUGCCUCUGCCUGUCCCGUCCAAAGAGAAGUGUUCACGUUCCCCAGCAACAUAAAGUUCAUGGCGAUUACUUUGCUGGAACUGUACGACAAUGCUGUCAGGUCGGUUUCUGCCUCGAUCGGAAAUCCGUUUCUAAUUAGCGCUGACCUGGGCCUAUCCGCUUCAGAUACGGUCCCUUGUUGGCUGCGGUGCCUCAUCUACUGUCCAAGUAUCGUUUCGAGAUAAGUCGAUAGUCUUUUCGGCCUUUGCUGCAAGAUUUUGACGCGGACAGCUCAAGCGCGCUGGUCUCGGCCUAACGGGGCCCGCUCGCGCUCCACUCUUCGAACACGCAUUCUUUGGACCCUGUACCAGCACGCACUCUUCUCGGCCCCCUUGGGCCUCCCGCCUUGCUCACCCGCUGGCGCGCGCGGGCCCUUCCUCUCCCUCUCCCUCGUCGUCCCGCACGCCUUAGCGUUUCGUGUUGUGGUUCCGGCACCCCCCCUGCCAGUCUCUACUCACUCAAAGUGGGUAACAUCCCUCGUAAGCCCUCUGCCCUUGUUGGACAGUUGGACUGAUGAGCUAGCCUGCCACUACGUUGUAAGCAGCCGCCGUACCCGCUGCUUUGCAAGGUCGUAUCGCACCCACUGCUUAGAGCAAGGGCGAACUUUUCGAGACUCGCACUAUCGCGGCUCGCUGUUUCUAGCUAA